CGUACUGUGAGAAGUGUGGUAGAGCAUUUUGUUACCGUAACUGCCUUUCUAUUAUAUGAAAUACGGUAAAGGAAGUGCUCAAUCUCGCGAAAGUUUAUUUCUGCGAGAUUUAUAUUUUGUUCCAGCGGAGGGAGAGCUAAACAGAGAACAAGCAAGGCGUUUGAAGGCCAUCUCUAAAGUAGAGCCGAGCACACCACAAGCAUGGAUAAUCUGGAAGAUAACACCACUGUCUUCUCCACGUUGAAGUCUUUCAAUAACUUUUUGUCUCAGCGGAUGGACACCCAACAGAGCCUGUCUGAGCCCAGUACAGCUAAACGUGCUCUUCAGAUGCAGUUCCAGCAGAGAAUGCAGCUGGAGGAGCAGGCUGAAAAAAUCCACUCUAAAUCGCAACUCCUGCAAGUAGACCAGGAGAAAAAACAGAUGGAGUUCAGUCACAAACGGGCACGCAUUGAGUUUGAAAGGGCAGCAAAUACCAGCGCAAUGGACUUCGAGCGGCAGGUGGACCGUAACCAGGAGCUGCUCUCACGCAUAAAGAAACUGGAGGAAAGGGAGGCAGAAAUGGAAGGGAAACUGAAGGAGCAAACUGAGAUCAACAGGUCCCUCAGGAAGAGCAUGGAGGGGACAAGCAAGAAACUGCUAGAAAAGGAAUCCAAACUUGCAGAGGCCAACGAGACAAUCACUGCUUUGAGAGCAGAGAUUUUGGAUCUCCAGCGCAAGUUUAAAAGCCAGGAGAUAAAGCUGACAACACAGGGAAGCGAGAGACAGGAGUAUGUGGAACAGAUGGAAUUGCUUCGAAAGAAAUGUCAGGAAGCCUCCCAGAAAACACAAAUGCUACAAGCCUCUCAGGCCCUGAAUUCUGAAAAUGAGCUGAAGAUCAAGGAACUAGAGAUGAAGCUAGCUUUACAGGAGCAAGACUCUAUGAUUGUGAAGAACAUGAAGACUGAUCUGUCACGACUUCCAGACAUGGAGAGAGAACUGAAACAGCUGAGAGAGGAGAACACCUACUUCAGAGAAACCAGGGAGAACAACACUCUUCUCAAGGAGGAAACGGAGGGUAUGCGACGGAAACUCGAGCGUUAUGAAAACACCAUAAAAGACAUGGUCAAUUUGGAACUGGGGAAAGAGAAACUUGUUAUGAAACUGCAAGCCUGGGAGAAUUUGGAGCAUGCUACUGGACUGAAUAUCAGGACUCCAGAAGACCUAUCCAGAGAGAUCAUUCAGAUUCAGCAGAGAGAGAUUACCCUGAAACAGCAGAACUACACUGUCACCAGCCGUGCUCGGGCGUUGGAGAAGGCCCGUCACCAGCUCCAGAGUGAGGUGUUGCCUCUUCGCACCAGGCUCCUGGAAGAACAGAAGAAACGCGAGCAGCAGGAUGCCCUGGUGCGCAGACUACAGAAACGUGUUCUACUUCUUACCAAGGAACGUGAUGGUAUGAGGGCUAUCCUGGAGUCUUACGACAGUGAACUGACAGCCUCUGAGUAUUCCCCGCAGCUGAGUCGACGAGUCCGGGAGGCUGAGGAGAUGGUUCAGAAAGUUCAGGCUCACAAUUCAGAGAUGGAGGUUCAGCUUUGCAAAGCUCAAGAGGAGGCAGGGACUUUCAAACUCCAAGCCCAGACAAUGGAAGCAGAGUUUAAUAUUGUGAAGAGUCAAGCUGCCACAGCAGACGUGAGUGCCUGUGUAACUGGUGAGGAGAUAAACUCCCUCAGACAAAAGAUUGAAGAGCUUGAGGCAGAACGCAGCCGUCUCGAAGAGCAGAAUAAUAUUUUGGAGAUGCGAUUGGAGAAGCAUAACCUCCAGGGCGACUAUGAUCCAACCAAAACAAAGGUAAUGCAUUUCAAAAUGAAUCCAGCCAGUCUGGCGAAGCAGCAGCAAGUGGAGGAUGUACAGCAGCUGAGAGAGCAGUGCAAGCAGCUUCAGGAGCGUGUCCAGGUCCUCCAGGCAGGGGGCGCUGUUCCUGCAGAGAAAGGAGGCGUGAACCUGCCAUCGUCUCAGGAGGUCAUGGCCCUCUUGUUCGCAGAUCUGCGUAAACAGAUGGAGAGUGCCGAGCUGAAGAACCAGCGCCUGAAGGAGGUGUUUAAGGAUAAGAUCCAGGAGUUUCGAGCGGUGUGCUACACACUGACUGGGUACCAGAUCGACAUCACCACUGAGAACCAGUACCAGCUCAGUUCCAUGUAUGCAGAGCACAAGGACGACCGCCUGCUCUUCAAGGCUAACAAUCAGACUGGUGGAAGCAUGCAGCUCCUUGAGACAGAUUUCUCCCGAACUCUACAUGAACUCAUCGACCUUCACCUAUUUCAUCAGAACAGCAUCCCAGCCUUCCUCAGUGCCGUGACCCUUGACCUCUUCAGCCGCCAGACAUCUGUCUGACCCGGCCCCCUCGCUCCAGCCAUGGUUUCCCCGCAAGGAAACCCGUUCUAUUCAUUUUAAUAGGCUGAUUCUUUGUGAUUAGAUACAUUUCUGCACAAGGCUGGAGAUUUACUCAGGCAAGCUGUAAUGUAAUGUAAUUUUUUAUUUUUUUUUGGGGGGGGGGAGUUUCAAACCACCUCACAUUGAAUAAUAAAAGUGUAUUGGUAAUUAGGCAAAUGUAGAUACAUUUGUGUCCAUGCUUGUGAAAUGAAGGGUUUAGUUACACCUUGGGAAAGCCAGUAAACAUGAUCGAGGCAGACCUACUGACCUACUUUUCAAGCCGAUAAUGAAAGAUAAUGCCCCUGCAACAGUGAAUAAUUCUGUCAGGCAGAAGUUUCAGUCUUCUGUAUUACUUUACAUAUAAUGCACAGUUUACAUUAUCUUCCAGUCUGGGGUCUUUGAUAUUCUACUGGUGUGCAUGCCAAUGGCUUUUUAUUAGGUUCAUUAUAACCUCUAUUUCGUACUUCUAAGACAAAGACUACACAUUAGCAAAACCAAGUAGAAUAUUAGUUACACCUUGAAUCAGAUAACAUGGCACUAUUGCAGGUCUCACUGUAGUAUUAAACUUACAAACUGGUAAACCAGCUUAUAUAUGCAGACAGAUUUGGGGAGCACCUACUGAUCAACAGCAGUUCUGUUUUCGGCAUACCACCUAUGACAAACAAUGCAUAAAACAAAUAAUGCCAUCACUUAAGUAAAUAACAGAGCUGUUGAAAGUGAGGCGAAUAAAGGCAAAUACAGCAUGAACAGACUGAUGGCUUUGAAGAACAAAGCUCAGACCACGACGAUUAUUUUCCCCGAUUCAGCACAAGACAUGAAUAUAUUUGAAUAGUUUGAUAUUCCAGGGAUGAAGGGAGUCCACGUCUGUCCCAUUCGCAAACAGGGAGAGGCGGAUUGUAUGAAGUAGCUGAGAGACACAAAGGGCAACAAAUUCACAAACCGAAGGGGAGGUAGUUUUUAUUGGUCAGUCAUCACAAAGUGUAUUAUUUCUAGACUGCUUUUUACUCAGAUAUCCUGCCUACAAAAUGCUACUGAAGUAGGGGAAAUAGAUCUUUGGUACCAUAGCUAAUAUGAACUGAUGAUAAUCCAACUAUAAAUGCAUAAAUGCAAAUGCAUCGUUGUUCAGUGGUGUUCAUGGCAGGAUGGUAAAAUUGGUAGCUCCAUGGAAAGGAACUAAGAUACAUUCCUGGUGAUUCAUCUGUACCUAGGAUGCGUUUCCAAUGGUGGAGUGGUAAUGAUAGUAAUAAUGUUUGUUUCUCUUGUGGCCAACUGUUUUAUUAUUAUUUCAUUAAGUGAAUAUAAUGUUACGCUUUACCAUCUAUAAUUUAAGACAACAAAUCAAGGAAACAAACAUACCUUCAUCAAUGCUAUGUUGAAUGAUGUAAAUACUUUCCCAAAAUUCAGCUGUUGUUACACUGCUUAGAGCCUAGCAUAUUUAUGUCCCACCUCUGGUCUCAUAAUCAGACAGCUGCAAAACCAGGGCAGAUCUUUGACUCUUCCAUUGGUUAAACUUACUCAAAACAGUCAGCCAAGGCAGAGAAUACCUUCAACUGUUUGUGCCACCUCCGCUCACUUAUGAUUGGACUGCCGCAGAGAAAAAUCAGAUCUUAUAUUGGUUGGUUUUAUUUUAUAUACAAAAAUAAAAUUCUGCACUCUUUAGUUGAAUAAUCACACACACACACACACACACACACACACACACAUGCUGUAAUCGAGUCCCAUAUUCCUUAGUUUAGGUGUUUCCCCUACAUGAGAGAGUGAGACUUGCACAGAGAGAGGGGAGUCUAGAGUAAUUCAUUUUGAACAUUUGUUAUAAACUGUGUGCUGUGGAAUUGCAUAGUGACUGUUCAUCUUUUAAACACAACAGAUGGGUUCUUGCCUUGUCACAGAACUGAGGUUAUUUUCUAUGCAUGUCUUUCUUCCUAUUUUUAUGUCUGUCUUACUGCCCUAAUCUGCAAUAUUGUAGAUUUUGAACUUUUAUGACAAUAAAGAAACUUACAAAGUCAAUUUA